AUUUUGAUCCCUCUCUCACGAAAUCCAAACCCUCCAUUUGUCAAAAACACAUCUCGGCCGUUGGCGGCCUCUUCUAGUUGGACGGGAUCCAUUUUUUCCCUGUCCUAGGUUUUUAUCAUUUGUCCACCUGACUGCUACAGUUGAUUAUCCAAACAGUUAAGUCAAGUAUAUAUGGCGAUCGACAAUGAUGAAAACAAUCGAGGUGCUACUGAGAUGCCAGAGAAUGGAUUAUAUCUUUAUCCAGUUUCUGCUCAAGCUUCUGGUGAAGGCUUACCAUAUGCUCCGGUUGAUUGGCCUGAACCUGGUGAUAUAUGGCGCUGGAAGGUGGGGAAUAGAGUAGCAGUAUCUGGUUACUUUAUUGAUAGAUACCUAUAUCUUCCAAAACGUCUUCAAAGAGUUAACAAGGCGAAAAGUUUUAAAAGCAAGCUUGCAGUCGAACAAUAUAUUCAAAAAAUUGGAGCAGAUGUUGAGGCAUUUUUCGCCUUGUUCAGUUGGAAAAUUCCUUCAAGAGAGCAGUCUGAAGUAAAAGGAGAGGAUUUAGGGUCAGAAUUGCAGCAUGGGAUUAGAUGUUGUAAGGCUGGUAACACAUCAUGUGGCAGCUUAGUUGAAUCAGAUGAGGCUUUACCUGGACACAUGGUUUGCGACAUUUGUUGUACUGAACCUCACUUCUGUCGGGACUGUUGUUGUAUUUUAUGUUGUAAGACCAUAGAUAUAGCCUAUGGAGGUUAUAGUUUUAUUAGAUGUGAAGCAGUUAUUGGUGAGGGUGUUAUAUGUGGCCAUCUAGCACAUAUGAGAUGCGCUCUUGGAUCCUGCAUGGCUGGAGUAGUAGAAGGUUGCAUUGGCUUGGAUACAGAGUAUUAUUGCCGGCGCUGUGAUACAAGGACAGAUCUUCUUUCACAUGUGGCAAAGCUUUUACAAACCUGUGAAGCUAUUGAAUCUCGAGAUGAGAUAAUGAAAAUUCUGGAUUUGGGGGCUUCUGUUUUGCAUGGUACACAAAGACUUGCUGCGAUGAAGCUGCUGCAUCAUAUUGAAUUGGUUAUGGGAAAGCUUCAAAGUGGGACUUGCCUAGAAGAUGUUUGGAAGAUGGAACAUACUUCAGCUGCUAACCUAGGAAUUCUGAUCCAUGAUGCAUUAGAAUCUUCAAUGAAUGAAAAGCCUGCUCAUGAUAGAAUAGCCUCACCUCAUAAAGUAUCUGAAAGUUUUGAUCCUGUGAUAGAGUCUUUAAAACUUGAGGUCAAGGUUGAUGAGAUGUUGGCAGCCUUGAGAAAGUCUCAAGAACAGGAAUACAAUAUGGCCCGGGACAAGCUAUGUGAGCACAAGAACUAUCUUAAGGAUCUGUACCAACAACUUAACAAGGAAAAGGCUGAACUCGCGCAACAUGCAGCUCAUAAUGCUCACCGAGGUGCAUUGACUAAACUUGUUCGGAAUAGGCUUGAUCAGAUAAAGAGUGAGGAGAUUAAACUAAAGGAGAUGGAAGAAGUGGCCAAGGGAUUUGGAAGAACAUCCAAGAAAAUCUUGAAGAAACAUUUUGAUCUACACUGUUGACGUGGAUAAUUCUGCGUUAUGAUCUUUGUGUGAUCCCACCGUCCUUAUGCCUUAUUUAGAAUCUGUGUGAUCUACAAGUGCUAGUUGCGAGGCCAGUAGUUUGCCCAAUUUUUGCCCAAUCGUUCUUUACAUACUGUUUGUUGUGACAUUGUACUUUGAGUAUCUUCUAGUUUUAUGGUAGAUUAAACACACACACACACACACAAAUUCAAGAGUAAAAUGAUUUUCUUCUGUUUGUUGGCAGGUGGAUUUUAUAUACAUGCCAGCGUUUUUGGAUUAA